AAAUUCUUUGGAGAAGAUUAUGAAUCGCACUUAUCUAAGUAUUUCAAGCUUUGUUUUUCGGAAUUAUUUCUUCACUCGGAUGGGUUGGAACGCUACUACAUGUUUCAAUAUUAUCAUCCUGUGUUCUACAAUGAUGGGGAUAAAUACAAGUUGGUCCAUGUGUUGGCUGAUCUUCGAAAACGAGACGUACUGUACUUUACACAAUAUUUUGGGCUUCAUGAUCCUGAGUACGGCUAUCAUUGUUGGUGGUCAUCACUUGCAAAAGAAAAUGACGAAUCAAUGCUUGGUGGUGUCUAUUUAUACAAAGAUAAUAAGAUUGCCGCGUAUGACAAUAAUUCAAACAGUCUACCGAUUUUUCUCCGGAACUGUCACGAGCACCAUACAGGUGGUUCUGAGACGAAAAACAGGAGGAUUAUAGAACGCAACCAACAGAUUGAAGAGGAGAACAGAGAGAUUCAAAAAAAAAACAAAAAGGUGCAACAAAGAAUGCUUCACUGUGGUCAACAAGCCAAUUUAGAGCUAGAGCGUAAGUUGACUCCAAAAAAACAAAAUAUUCCAUUGGAUCAACUGCCGUUCCACUGUGAACUUGAACCCAAGAUAACCGAAAGGUUUCCAGGUAUCUACGCAUGUCUAAUUGACUCAUGCAUUCGAGGAUUUAAUGAUAAUGGGGAAAGGCGUUUUGGUUGCACGUUAGCCCAACUGCUGUUUGAUAAGAGCCCAUUUGGUUUUCAGCAGCAACAACAGGUGGGGUAUAUCGGUGCCGCUACUUUGCAGACUGAGAUCGCUCCUUAAAGAGAGACGAAGAAAAAAAAAAUGCCG